AAAUUUCAUAUUUCUAGUACAUCGCUAAUUCUUAGGAGUAUAAUUAUUAUGCAUGGUGAAAAUUGCAUGUUGGGAUUCUAAUGCUUCAUUUUUUAUCCUUUAGCAUACUUAUCUUAAUAGUACUAUUACGGCUUCUAUUUCUUUCUAAGGUUAAAUUAUUUUUAAGGUUAGUUUAAGGCAAUAAUGCUAGAUCGAUUAAUUAUCUGUCAUUUAGUAAUUAAAAUAGUUUAAAAAGACUGGAUAUAUAUUGGGUGGAUUCAUAAAUGAGUGCCGUUAGUUAUAAAACGAUACUUACUUAUGAAUUAAUACAAUAUUUUUUUCAUAAUUUCCUGAAGUACGCUAUUUUAGUUUUAAAUCUCUAAUUUUAGAUUUAUCAAUAACAUAGUAUAUUAAUUAUAAAUGUAGCAUAGUAGCGAUUAUAAAAUACAUGUAGUUUGUAUAUUUCCGGAAUGUACAAAUUACAUGUAAAAAUUUGGCCAGUAAUUAAGUAUAGUAGCGUAGAAUUUUGUAAAGAUAUUUUUAAGAUAAACAAUAAAGAAUUCAAGCUUUUUCUCACGGGUAGGAUAGGGAAAAAUCAUGGUUGAUGAACCUUCUAUCGACUACGAUCGAGUCGAUAAACUAUUCAUUAAACGCGACUAAUUAAUAUGUUAUUUUAGCCUGUGGGUCGAAAUGUAAUUGUGAAUUAUCCAAUUAUCAUUAUUGAUAAUUCAAUUAUCAUUAUUGAUAUCAUUAUGAUAGUAUUAUUUUUAAUGUUUUUAAUAUGCAAGUACAACCGGGCGAAUGACUGCAUAUUUCGGUAUAUUUCUAUAAUGUUUUUUUCUAAUUGCAAAUUACAUUAAUUUGAAUUUUUAUCAAAAAUUUAUGAAACAAAUUAAUACGUACGUAUACAUAUUUUUGAAAAAAGUAUAAAUGUAAUGAAUAAAUGAUAAUAUUAGUUUUAUUGGACAAUAAACAAUUUAAAAAUACGAGAAAAAACAUGAUGAAAAAGAAGAACUCGUAUCUCGAAAAAUGCUCGAUCUCUCGAUAUAUUCAUCCUCGCGAGAUACGUAAGAUUUUUCGAGUAGCAUCUCGGAAGGCAAAGAGUUAAAAAGUCAAACGAUCAGGAUGGACUACCAUUUUUCAUGUUUCAUGUUUUGCUUCUUCUGACGAGGAGACAUGUUGGGUGUCAUCCAAGAAAUGGCGAAUACGAUGCGCCGGAAUACGAUUUUUUUUCUUUAAGUGCUGUUGACUGGACUGAUCACGAACACAGAGUGAAGGAAAGCAAAAAGGAAAAUUCAGUGUAUUACUCUGCAUUUAUAAUAUUUUGUAAAAUAAUAUAAGAAAAAUCGGAAGUCAAAUAUUAACAUUGUGAAUAAGCAAUAAAAGCUAUGAAUAAUCGGUUGACGUCAUUGCAUGGAAAGAAAAAACAUUCGAUCGAUCUGACAGAAGGAAAUCAGCGAUGCUUUUCUUUCUCUGUAUAUUGUUUGGAAUGUUUCAAUUUGCAUUACUGCUUGUGUUAACCGGUUUCUUGCUAUCUCUUGCGAUUGUUUCGCGUCUAAUGGAGGUUGCCAUUACUCUGAUAUAUCCUACCAGUAUCUUCUUAGUACAGCAGUUAGUAAAAUUAUUCGUUUUAAUAACGAGCCUAUCAGCAAGGAUGACUGGAUAUGUUGGGUGCAAAACCCUCAGCAAAAUUUGUGAUGUUCAUAAGGAGGAAACGGAAGUUCUCGAUAUUAAUUUGAGAGCACCCGUAAUACCGUACGAAAGAAUUGUUUACCCUCAGGCGGAUCAUCCCUACGCGAAGCCAUUAGAGUUGAAUCUCAACGACGAUAAAGAAGUCGCAUUAACAAAUGAAGAACCAGGCGAAGCAGAUCAAAUUAUAGCGAAAUCAGAGGAUGAAGAUAUUGAUACAAAAGAAGAUGAUGAUUGAAAGAUUCUUUUAAAAUUAAGAACAAGCAAUGCAAGUCCACGUAUAUAUAUUAUUAGCCAGAAAGAAAGAGAGAGAGAGAGAGAGAGAGAGAGAGAGAGAGAGAGAGAGAGAGGGGGAGAGAAAGAGAGAGAGAGAGAGAAAUUAUAGCAAGAUCUUCUUGAAUAUAAAAAAUGUUUAAAGCAACAAUAUCCCAGUAAUCUAACCAUUUAAAUUCAUUUUGUUGUCCGAAAGUAGCAAUACUUUAUCGUUAUUAUAAUCUACGUCUGUAUGAGGUAUCUGAUUAUUGUAAAUUGUAAACAAAAAGGAGAUCUUAAAAACGAAUAAGUAAACGAUUAUUUUACUUUACAAAGUCGUCUGUGAUUUUUAUGAUUUGAAAUGAAUUUUACAAUCUAAUAAAAUAUUU